AUGGCGCCUCUACGGGCUCAGGUGCAGCCAUUCGCUGGCCGGGUUGGUGGAAAUCAGGAAUUAGUGAUUGAUCGCGAUGAUCCUCGCAGUGCCGAGGUCUUGGAUAAGGCCCCUGAUGCGGCCCCGCUGAUGACAGCCCGGGAAGGGCUCAGCUUACAGGGAUUUCUGAAUGUGGACUACUGGAAAUUCGGACUUGUCGAGGGAAUAGGCAAGAGCAAUCAGUCGCCCGUCGUCCCAACUGGACCAGCGGGUGUUUUUGCAACGGUCAACUUUCUAGGUCCCAUAUUCGGCGGACUCGGCAACUGGUUGUUUUUGACGCUGUUUAUUUUUACUUUUUCAAAUGUCAGCGGCAGUCACUUAAACCCAACUAUUACAAUGGCGACGUUCUUCGCUCGUCUGAUUUCAUUCCCUCGAAUGGUCAUUUACAUCUUCAGUCAAACGGCCGGCGGCACUUUGGCGGGUCUUAUGCUGCGAGCGGGAUACGGCACCAGUGACUUCACCGUUGGAGGAUGCUUCGUCGACACAAACCUCGUGCCGGUAGACGAGGCCUUUCUUCUUGAAUUUAUUUUCUGCCUUCUUCUCAUAUUUCUUUCAUUCGGUGUUGGUCUUGAUCCUAGACAGGGUACGAUAUAUGGACCUGCUUUAUCGCCAUUUUUGGUCGGGAUGGUGCUUUUCGGUGUGAGCUGGAGCUCCGCAUUUACGCGAGCUGGAUUCGCCGGCGCGUCUGUCAACCCUGCGCGCUGUUUUGGAGUCUAUGUCGCGACUGCCUUUCCCAGUUAUCACUGGAUACAUUGGGUAGGAUUUAACCCGAAACUGGUUGGACCAGUCGCUGCUUCAAUUGGUCACGGUAUUGUUUAUUAUGUUGUGCCUCCUUGGAGGAUUCAAGAGCCAUGA